CCUCCUACCGCGCCCGUGGCCGCAGCGCCAACGCCAAGUUUGCGCCCGCAGAGUUUGCGCUUGUUCGCGUCCCCCGGCUCGCGGCUGGGUCCCCGCGAGCUAGGCGGCCGCGCGCCCCUCGGGACAGCCACCCAGGCGCAGUCUCGGGCGGGAGGACGCCGAGCAGGGUGGCGCGGGCUGGGGCCGGGGCAGCCGCCUCCCGAAGAUGCAGGAUGGCAGCAGAACCGCCGUCCAGCCUCUCCUACCGCACCACGGGCUCCACCUGUCUGCACCCGCUCAGCGAGCUCCUGGGCAUCCCGCUGGACCAGGUGAAUUUUGUGGCCUGCCAGCUCCUUGCUUUGUGUGCUGCUUUCUGGUUCCGCAUCUACUUAAGUCCCGGUAAAACCAGUCCCCAUGUCCGGCAUGCAUUUGCUACCAUUUUUGGCAUCUAUUUUGUCAUCUUUUGUUUUGGCUGGUACUCUGUGCAUCUUUUCGUGCUGGUGCUAAUGAGCUACGGAAUCAUGGUCACUGCAAGUGUAUCCAACAUUCACAGAUACUCCUUUUUUGUAGCAAUGGGAUACCUUACAAUAUGCCACAUCAGCCGGAUAUACAUCUUCCACUAUGGAAUUCUCACUACAGAUUUUUCUGGGCCCCUGAUGAUUGUCACUCAGAAGAUCACAACCUUGGCGUUCCAAGUUCAUGACGGACUAGCCCGAAGAGCUGAAGACCUUUCCACUGAGCAACAUCGACUUGCUGUAAAAGCAAAACCCUCCUUUUUGGAAUACUUAAGCUACCUUCUCAACUUCAUGAGUGUCAUAGCUGGCCCUUGUAACAAUUUCAAGGAUUAUGUAGCCUUCAUUGAGGGGAGACAUACACACAUGAAAUUGCUGGAAGUGAACUGGAAGGAAAAAGGUUUCCACAGCCUGCCAGAACCUUCUCCCACUGGAGCUGUGAUACACAAACUGUGCAUGACCUUGGUGUCUCUCCUGUUGUUUCUGACCCUCACAAAGACCUUCCCUGCCACCUGCCUGGCUGACGACUGGUUUGUUCACAGAGCAAACUUUCUGGCUCGGCUCUGCUACCUGUACGUUGUCAUGCAAGCCUCGAAGCCCAAGUAUUACUUUGCCUGGACGUUAGCUGAUGCAGUGAAUAACGCAGCUGGCUUUGGCUUCAGUGGAGUGGAUAAGAAUGGAAAUUUCUGUUGGGAUCUACUUUCUAACCUAAACAUCUGGAAGAUUGAGACUGCCACAAGUUUCAAAAUGUACGUAGACAACUGGAAUAUUCAGACAGCUUCUUGGCUGAAGCGAGUGUGCUACGAGCGGGUUCCCUGGUACCCCACAGUGCUCACCUUCAUCCUGUCUGCCUUGUGGCAUGGUGUCUACCCUGGAUACUAUUUCACCUUCUUAACUGGAAUCCUCGUCACACUAGCAGCCAGGACGAUGAGGAACAACUACAGACAUUACUUCCUUUCUUCGAAAGCCCUCAAGGCUGUCUAUGACACGGGCACCUGGGCUGCCACACAGCUGGCCGUCUCCUACACGGUUGCACCCUUCGUUCUGCUUGCCGUUGAACCGACCAUCAGCUUAUACAAAUCCAUGUACUUUUACUUACACAUCAUCAGUCUCCUGAUCAUCCUGUUCCUGCCAAUGAAACCACAAGCUCAUGGUCAAAGGCGGUCUCAGACUCUGAACUCUGUUAAUAAGAAAAAAACAGAUUGAUACCUCUAAAAAAAAAAAAAAAAAAAGCUGAGCGCAUAAGACUGCAAAUCUUUGAACAGAUGAGAUGGAGAGACUCCAGAGUUCUCCGGGGACUUAGAGGCCAUGUUUACAUGCAUCUUUUUUGUUUUCGUUUCUUAAGUGCAGGGAGUAUUUUUAUAAAGCCUUUUUGUACCGUUAAAUCAGCGACGUCCAGUUGAUUUAUUUUAAUAUUUUGUAGGACGUGUGAGUGGGGUGGGGUAGGGAAGAAUGUGCCAGAAUGGCAGGGACAGUGCAUUCUGGGCAGCUGGGUCUCUGCUUUUCCAGCAUGACUUCCAGCCACUGAAAUCUGGAUGUUGGAAACCUGGACGUCUACUCCAGAGGUUAGAAGGUGAAGCCAAGGUGCCUUGUCUGCCAGAACAUACCCAGAGAUGGUUAUUCCCCCGGGAGCCCCAGGUCCUUUGACUGGCGACAUCACUGUUUUCAAACACAGUAACUACACUCAGAAGACUGCCGGGGAGGGAUUGCGUGAAGGGAAGUUUCCAGAAUACAGAAAACUUGACGAGCCAGGAGGACUGACCGUGAACGGAUGUUUGGAUGGACUGAAGGUCAGGCAUGUGUCCUGAAGUUGGCUGUGUUUUUUUUCCCCCAGGGAUGAAACCCUUCUUUUGCUCCUUAAAUGAGCCAGGAUUGGAAAUCAGAAGGUCCCCUGUCCACGUCUCCCAGGAGUUGGAGAGGGGCUGCUGUUUUCCAGGUGUUUUCCUUUGCGUUCGCGCCUUCUGCGUGCCCAGGGAUGGCGCCGAGCAAACACCCAAAUUUUGCACCGAGGCAGCACCAUGUCUUUUUAAAAAUAAUUUUUCUUAAAAGUUACACUGAAGCUUGGGAAGAAGAGGCAGAUACUGUUCUUUUCUCCUCUCACUUCACAGAGACAUGUUGAUGACCACGGCCAUGAUGUAUGUUCGGGCUGGUCCCCCCCCGCCCUUUUUUUUUUUUUUUCAGUUUCACAGCCGAUUAAAUCUGACUUUGUUUUAGUUGACUCAUCCUAUCGGAAAGCAGAACUUGAAAGACAGUUUUCUUUUCUAUCUUUGUAAUGAAUGUGCUGUGGCUCCUUUUGGGAACUUCUGUUGGGUGAUAUUCGAUGUAGGAGAAGGAAACAUAUUAAAUGUUGUGGAAAAUUAAUAAUAAUAAUGAUAGUAAAGUACAUGCCACCAGGUUGUUCCCUCAGUCACAUACCUUGGCAGGAAAGAAUUUGUUCACAUCAAAUGAAAUGGUAAAAAAAUUAGUUUCUUACUAAAUGAAUGCUGCGUUUCUAUAUAAAGGAAAUAUUUCUGAGAAGAA